UCUCCAUCACCAACCAUCUUCUCGAAGCAACCCAUUCCGCAAUGGGGGCUCUGCCUCGGGGUCUGCUGGUCCUCGGCGUUUGCGCCGUCCUGGUGGCGGCCGUGCUCGCCGAUGCAUCGCCGGCGUCGUCGAUGGUCGUCGGCUUGGCCAAGUGCGCCGACUGCACCAGGAAGAACAUGAAGGCUGAGGCUGCUUUCACGGGCCUUCAGGUGGCUGUCAAGUGCAAGAACGCCCACGGCGAAUACGAGACCAAGGCCGUCGGCGCGAUGGACAAGUCCGGCGCGUUCGGCGUGCCCCUCGGCGCCGACCUCCUCCGGGAGGAUCGCGAGCUGAAGCAGGACUGCUUCGCGCAGCUCCACAGCGCGCCCGACCACCCGUGCCCCGGGCAGGAGCCGUCCAUGAUCGUCCGGCAAUCCGCCAACGGCGCCGAGAAGAACGGCUUCGUCGCCGUCCCCGGCGAGGUGCACUACUCCUCCCAGGAGUGCGCGUCGGCGUUCCUCUGCCACUUCUUCCACAAGAAGCACCUCUUCCACAAGAAGCCCGCCUUGGUCGUCCCUCACCUCAACAAGAAGGCCAUCGUGAUCCCGCACAUCCACAAGAAGCCGAUCGUGAUCCCGCACAUCCACAAGAAGCCGAUCGUGAUCCCGCACUUCCACAAGAAACUGGCGCCGGUGCCGGUGCCCGAGUACAAGCCGCCGACGCCCACCCCGGUGUACACGCACCCGAAGCCCGUGCCAGAAUACAAGCCGCCGACGCCGGUGUACCCGCACCCGGCGCCGAUCUACCACCCUCCUGCCGCCGAUGAGAAGGCCGCUCUGAACCCGGAGACUGACCCUCAGCUCUUCAAGAAGCUCCUCCACAAGAAGCCCAUCGUGAUCCCGCACUUGCACAAGAAACCAAUCGUGAUCCCGCACUUCCACAAGAAGCCAGUGCCGGUGCCGGAAUACAAGCCGCCGACACCCACCCCGGUGUACACGCACCCGACGCCCGUGCCGGAGCACAAGCCGCCGACGCCGGUGUACACGCACCCGACACCGAUCUACCACCCUCCCGCUGACCAGAAGAUGGCCCAAGACCCGGAGACGGACCCUCAGCUCUUCAAGAAGCUCCUGCCGUUCAUCAAGAAGAACCCAUUCUUCAAGAAGUUCCCCCCUGCCAAGGAGGAUACCAACCCAUAGAGGAUUGGUGUGACCUGAAGUCCUUUGCCUAUUUCAGUAUCCAUGGCCGUAUUGAUCCCUGCAGUUUUUUUUAUCUUUUGAGGGAAAUGUUGAUCCCUGGUAGUCUCGACUUCUUUUUUGCAGGUGUGGUAGUAGUCUUGAACUUGCUACAAAUAAACCUAUGUUGAAAUGAGUAAUAUAUACAAUUUAUUUUAUUUGCUCCAAA